AUGAUUCAGAACCUAGAGUCGACACUGAGAGCAGGAGCUGUCCCUCGAGCACCACAGUUCAGGCCUACAUCGUCUAGCCAGCAAGCACAAACUGCAAAUAAAUCCUCAGCUAAUGGUGCUGUAUCUUCUGCUGGACAAGCUUCAUCUGAGGAGUCUGGAGAUAAAGUCAUGUCAGAAAACAAGGUCCCAUCAGUUAGGUCUGACCCUCCUGCCAUUGAGCCUUCCAAAAGCGAGCAGAAAGCCUCUGUUGCCGAUCCACUUGGAGAUGCGAGGAACAAAGUGCAGGACGAGAUCAGUCAAGAAUUUGCUACCAUCAUGGCUCAGGGCACAGUGCGUGCAAGCGAGGCUGCGGCUCUAGCAACUAGGAGAGUCAUGCAGAGAUAUGGGAAUCUGAACAUUGCCUCACCACGUAGUUAA